UUGACUUCAUCCAACUUACGUCAGCACCUGACCAACUCCAGUCUCCCCUGCCCCACCGCCUACAAAUAAGUAGUGGGAGGAUGUGAACGGCAAGGCAGAAGGCCGGAAGAGUUAGAAACAUGCAACAGCACUAGUUUUGGUAAGUCCUCCGCUGCCUUUUCUAGUUCUCCCACUUCCCAAGUAGUUUGGCUCUAGUUUUAAGUUCAAUUAGCUUCUUGCAAAAUAAAGGAAUAAUACUCAAUAUAUACUUUUUGAAAAUUUUAAAAUAUCUAAUGUAUGUCUGGUGGAUCGGAUCAAAGCGUUUUUAUUAAUUUUUCAAUUUUUUUUAAAUAUCUUCAAAAUUUUAGGAUUUACUAAUAAAUUUUAGAGUUUGCAAAAAUAUUUUGGAAAUAAAAAAAGAUAAAAUUAAAAAAUCUUGAAUAAUAGUACGAAAUAUAUAAGCAAAAACUCAUAAAAUAAAAAGCCUGUAAGUUGGAGAGUGUGCUACUAUUUUUCGGCUGCUGCUACAUCGGUGUGUGUUGAAGUAAUCACUGGAACACCCGCGCUACUAGUGUUGUCAUGUUUGAAGGUUUUCUUUGAAAACACAAGAUAAUGGAGUUCAAGUUUAAGGUGGACGACAAAGUUAGCGGGGAAUGGGCGGCUUACAAGGGAUUCAUUGAAUCCUUGCGCAACAAAUUGGCAUCUAGCUAUUCACACAAUCGCCCUGUGCUUCCCCCUCAGCAGAUUCACCCAGUCGAGAGAUUCCAUGUGGAACUGCAAACUCAAUCACGGAGCAUCACGCUGAGGAUUCGGCGAGGUAACCUUUACUUGGACGGCUACAAAAUGUGGAAUGCUGAUCAGUGGUUAGAGUUGGGAAGAGGUCCGGGACCCAACUUCCUGGGCUUCAACGGCGAUUACAAUGACUUGGAAAAUGCCGCCGGGCAAGCGAUGGAUCGCAUAAACCUCGGCCAGCCGCAGCUCGGAACUGCUGUCAACCAACUCGCUUCCACUACCAACCGCCAGGAGAGGGCCAAGCAAUUGAUUGUUGUGAUUCAAAUGAUCUGCGAGUCGAUCAGAUUUAGUCGUAUCUCCGACCAUCUUGCUAAACAUUAUUACCCGGGUGCCCCACCCCCUGCUUGGAUGAUAGCACUGGUACACGGCUGGGGGAAUCUUUCUGAUGCAUUACUACGCGCCGACGCGGAUCCCACCCAUUUCUUUCGGCUCCCGCAACCCAAUGCCAUGCAAAUAAGGACAGCUGAGGAUGCGGCUGCUGCACUCGGAAUCUUGCUAUUCUUCAACUACCGAAAGCCAGCUGGGACCCUGCGCAUGUUGUCGGCAGCUAACGACAACAAUACGUCGACGUUGCGGCAGGGACGACCGAUGGCGGAGGUGUUCUGGGUGCGCAUCGACAACAUCGGUGGUGGCAGGGACCCUGCCCAGCUCCACGGCACCAUCGCGGUUGUGGACGGACUGGGUUCUCAGAACAUGUACGAUCGACAAAAGGGCAGUCCCGAAACCAUCUCUCCGGGAGGCAACAUUUUACUGACCGGCCCUAACAGAGCUAUCUCGGCUUUCGAUAGCUUCGCUGUGGAUCUUUCCCUCCAGAAUAAGGCUGCUCCGAGUCAGGAUGAUGAAGUAAGCAACGGUUCGAUCAUAUGGAAUGUUUUCGACACCGCCAACAACGUCUUCGACAGGAUUUUGUAUGCUGAUGUCAAAGGAGCGCACGGUUCGGCGACAGCUUGCUACGCGGUGCUGAGUGAUGCGGUGGAGGCGACUAUAUCUGUCGAGCUCGUAAACGCGGGUGGGAAAGAUCCUGCUCAAGUUUACGGCGAGAUUGCUGCUUCUUACAGCAAUUAUCCUUCUGGGCAGCAGACUCUGCUCUUCCGUAAGAAGAGAGAGGAGCACAUAAAUGUAAGGCCUGGGCAACGUAUUGGAUUGACGAAAAAGACGGUGGCAGUUCCGACCAGUCACUCCCUCGGUGUUCGGGCGGAACUGUACGAUCGCCACACAACCUCUGCCGGCCGUCAGAUUGUGAAUGGAGUUGCAGUGUUCCCUCCGCUCUUCGACGGAGCAUCUCAGAUGAAUAUUACUGGGCAGUAUGGUAACGUUCUAGUGAAGGUGGCCUGGAAUCCGUCAUGGCGCCCUGCCAACUAGCUAUGCUGGCUGGUAGCUGCAAGUGUUAUGUAUUAAUUCUACUAGAAUGCUUAAAUAAAGUCAUCUAUCGGACCUUACAUCGAUCGUUCCGUUAAAAAUAUUAAUUAUAUAUAUGCUGCAUGACUAUGAAAGCUAGCGACUCUUGUUAUGUGUAAAAAUCUCACUGCUUUCUCUGGUUUGUAAAUAAAUGAUAUAUUUUACCAUUCA